AUGGGAGGAGCCGCUGAGGGCAAAGUGAUCAAGGCUUCAAACACUACUCUAGCUCAUAAUCCCUCGAAGCUCGAAUCAGUAUGGUCAGAGGAACAAGAGCGAAACGAUUCAUCAAACACUGAUGAGUUGCAGAUGAAGCCAUCAAAUGCUGAUGCAGUGACAGCAAAACAUAUCGGUGCACAGUCCCCGACUGAAUGGAAAACUCGUAGAGAAAUGAAGGAUGAAGCAGUCUUUCGAUUCUCCAAUUGGUUCAAGAAAUUAGGUGACGAAGAUAAGGAUAAGGAGGAAGAGGAGAAAGAGAAAGAACUGGCGGAAAUUGUCGAAUCUAGAUUUACGGACAAGCAAAAUUUCAGAAGCUUGAUUAUCGAAAGGGAAAUAUCUGCAGAAGAAUGGUCACUCAUGAAGCAAUUUCUCGACUACCCAGCGCUUGCAGCGAUCGUGGUCAAAAUGCGUCGAUCUCACGGAGUUGCAGGCCUCAGACAAGAUAGACGACGCUGCCUCACCUGUGAGGAAUCAUUGGCAGGGAUGCCACUGACCGCUCAUAAAACAGAGGACUGCUCCAUCCCGUAUGAAAACCGAUUUUUGUUCAAAGAAAACGAUAUCAAAGAAGCGAAGAUCCCAUUGAUUGAAUUCGAGCAGAAGGAGGAUGAGUCGAUUUAUGUGAAUACUGUAACAUUCCAUUGGGUUCAAGGAUACUGCACAAACGUUAGUUGGAACGUGGGACCGGCCAACUUCAACCAGUUCGCGACAUCCCUCAUCUCUGCAGCUCACAAUGUCGAUUCAAAACAUGAGUGCCAUAUCCCAAUCACAAAAGUCAUCUGGAAUGCAGCCAACAAAAAUGUUUAUGAAAGAUCCAUUGAUGUGAAAAUGUAUGCGAUGGCACAUGCAACGAUAGACAAUUCAUCUACUCUUUUAUUAACAACGUUGAAGCAGAAGAAUCUGCAAGCUACUCCGGCGGUCUCGGAGAGAUCAGAAUUAAUGAUGAUCUCAAAUGACUCGAACCGUCAUGUGGCAAUCCGAAUCAUGUUUUCGAAUCCACACAGACAUUUCGCCGAAGACGAAACUGAAAUCAUCAGACCUCUGGAUAAUUUUCAUACGUUUAUCAAUUGCGCAAGUUUUGGAUUCAAUCAGAAUGUCAUUGAGAAGCAUCAGAUUAUCAUUCAAAGGACAAAUGUUCCACGCGGAGUCAAAGAAUUCAGUCAUGAUUGGUUCGAUAAUAAAAGUUAA